UUUGAAACAGCUGUGCACAGCACAUGUUAAACCGUGUUUACAAAUAUAAAAUCUCAAGAUUUACGAAAUGGUUUUGCACUUAAAUAACUAAAAUUAAGUUCUAAAAAUGAAAAUCAACAGAUUUAAAAAGUCACAAAAAGUCUUAGCUUUCUUUACAACAAAUUUUAACUACUAUGAACCUUAUCAAUUGUUGAUUGAUGCAACAUUUUGUCAAGCUGCUCUACAGAAUCAAGUUAUAAUUGAAGAACAACUUAAAAAAUACUUUCAAUCUGAAUUGAAACUUCUAACAACACAAUGCAUUAUUUUGGAAGCCGAAAGUCUUGGUGGUCCACUCGCUGGUGCCACAAUGAUUGUCAAGAGAUUUUACGUGCAUAAAUGUGGUCACGAAGGAAAACCCAUUUCAGCUGCUGAAUGUAUUAAAUCAAUGACAAAAUCAAGUCGUUAUAUAGUCGCAACACAAGAUAAAAGUCUGCAACAAAAACUUCGAAAAGUCCCAGGUCGUGCAUUGUUGUAUUUGCAUAAAGCCACCCCUGUUUUGGAAGGACCUUCAGAUGCAUCAAAGAAAUAUGUCAACAAGAAGAGCAAUGCUUUACCUGAAAAUGUUGAAAAACGAAUUGAAGGUUUAAAGAAAACAGCUGGAAUCCCUACCACCGCUGGUGAUGAUGAUGCGAACAAAUUAAAAAAGAAGAAAAAACCCAAGAACCCUAAUCCGCUAUCAUGUAAAAAGAAGAAACCUCGGGUUAAUAAUACGGAACGGAAGGAUGCUUUGCAUAAAGUUGCAAAGAGCAAUGACAAACCAAAACGGAAACGUAUAAAAAUUGCUAACCAUGUUAAAGAAGUUAUAAAGAAAAAUAUUAAAAAUUAAUUAAAACAAACUUACAUUUUAUUAAUAAUUACUU